CAAAAAACAAUUGCAGAUGUAGUUAUUCGUGGAAAAGCUGCUACAGUUUUUCAAUAUUAAACUAAUCUAUCAGGGGGGUGGUAUUCAGAGCAAGUCAUGAAACGCUGAGACUUGUGAUAUUAUGCUAGGUUGUAUAUUAACUUAAAGAAAAAAAUGGAAUAUUGUUGGAAUUAUUUACUCACAAAGAUUAAUUGUAAACCUUCGGAGCAUUUUCUCAUUUUUCUGGCAGAAAUAUCAUUUCCAUUAUGUUUUAAAUUUGAUUUAAUGUUAUGAAAAUGGCAUUUCAAAAAUGAUGAUUACAUUAAAUGAUUUUAUAAAACUGAAUUUUGUUAUCUGUUACAUUUUAGCAAAACCUUUGAAAUUAUCGCUACAAAAUAACACACAGACAUUUCAACAAUCAUCAAGACGUAUUAGAAUGAGACCGGACAUAUUGACAGUAAGGACUACUUUUAGAGUGUUGUAAAAUGCGAAAUCCUUGCAUACAGACAAUGAGGAUGCUGUUAAGAAGAAGAAAGCUUUUUAAGCUAGUCGUUCUAGUAUCCAUUAUUCCUGUUAUCUUCUACUUGAUGGUAUGCCAGCCAAACGAGAAACAAAUGGAUGAAAAUCUUCCGUUGGAUCAAAUGUACCGGAAUAAAACUGGCAGCGAUGUUUUGGUAGCUUAUCAUAAUAAAAGCAAGGUUCACAGUUCAGGUUAUCUUCGGAACAGUCCGUCAUUUUCCGGAAAAGACGAAACAAUGAGGUGGAUAGACGUCGCAAACGAUUACUGUAACUCCCCGUUUACAAGAACGACUGGAAAUGAGGGUAACAUCCCAGAGGGAUUCAGGCUGAGAAAUGUCCACGUUUUUAUUCAUCAUGGUGACAGGACAUCAAUUCAUCGAUCUCCUUGGUACGGACCGGAAGUGUUUAACUGUAAAUUCAACACGUGGUACAACGGAUCAAACACGAAAUUCAGUCGCUUUACUGAUUACAUGGACAUGAUGGCUGGGAAGCAAGGAAGGCGGAAUCAUUUUCUAAACUGGGCUUUGUAUCCAGAUAGGGAUGUUUGUGCAAAUUCUAUUUUGACAAGCAGGGGAGCAUUACAGCAUUUGCAACUUGGUCAACAUUUAUCCGAAUCAUACAAUCGGCAUGUGAGUCUUUUUAAUCCAAAGUUGUCUUUAACCAAUCAGAUAAAUGUCAAAAGCACAAGUACAUCAAGAACCUACCAAAGCGCAGUGGCCUUCUUGUAUGGCUUUCUACCGAGAUUCAAUAUUUCACAUCUUAAAAUUGAAAACUCCCCAGACAUGCACUUCUGUACAAAGCAGUAUUCUGUACAGAAAUCAUGUUAUUGUAAACACGCAAAAGAGCUUUUAAUACUUUCCGAGCAGAUUCAAAAGAAGUUUGACAGAGAAAACUCUUAUGUUCAGAAAUAUUAUGAACCUGUCACAAAGCUCUUUGACGUUGCAAGUGCACCACCAGUAACAGCCGUAGCUGAAGCUCUAGUUCCAUUUUUCUGCCAUAACAUCACUCUUCCUUGUUCGUAUUUGGAGUCGCCUCACGGUUGCCGAGAACUCAUAGGUGAUAUAUGGAACACAAUAAUUGUUAGAGAGCGGUUAAAAUACAAUGACUCUGACCUUAAUUAUUUGAAGUACAGUAGCAUUGUCAUGACACCUGUUCUCAUUGAGAUUAUCAUUAGGAUCAAGAACAUCGUUGAAAAGCGUCCAACACCAAAGUUCGUACUUUAUUCAGGUCAUGAUGUCACAUUAUCUCCCUUGCUUUAUGUGUUAGGCUUACAAGAUGAAAAAUGGCCGCCAUAUGCUUCACGCGUUGUGAUUGAAUUACUGGAACAUGAUCAUGACGCGUCUUUAAACAAAUUUUAUCUAAGAUUUCUUUAUAAUGGUAUUGAUAAAACGGAAAAAGUCAUAUUUUGCAGAGGGUUAACAUAUAAACGUUUAUGUAGUUUAACUCAUUUUACAGAAUUUGUUUUCAUGAAGAUGCUUAGAAGAUUCGGAUAUAAUAGUUAUUAUGACGCGUGUUCAAGAUAGAAAACUAUUUGUAGAUAUCGAUUUAUAUCUUUACAAUAACAAUAGUAUCAAAAAGAGGCGAAAACAGAAAAAAAGAUAGUGAGUUCCAAAUGCACAGAAGAAAACCAUACGUGUAGAAGGGAGCAGGGAACUAGACAUACACAGAAGAAAACCAUAUGUUUAAAAGGGAGCCACACGCAUACAGGAGGGAACCAGACAUACACACAGAAGAAAAACAUACAUAAACAAAAGACCCGCACAUACACGGAAAUGUUUGUGUCCAAAGCUACUAUAAUGUUUUGAAUUUAAAAGGAACAGGUUAUGAUAAUUUAAUUAACCAACAAUUAAUGUGUCAAAGUCAACAGAUACACACAAAUCAAAUAACGAAAGCCAAGUACCCAAAUGAAACUGGUUUAUAUUCAAAAUAUGCCAGCAUAUAUAUAUAUAUAGUGCUACCGAGUCGUUCGUAUCAAAUAUAUGACAAACUUACUGCUGAAAUUCAAAUAACUUUUACCAAACUCUUCUCUAGAAACAUUACUAAACAUUGACCUAUGUGGACUAGUAAAAACCUCCUCUUUUCAUUGAAGAACAUCUAUGUCAGAUUUGUAAAUAUAGUUUCAUGACAGAUAACUGGUAUUCCCAUGGGAAUUGUGCACCAUUUGUGGUAGAUUUGUUUUUGUAUUCUAA